UUCAUCUCUAUACUCUCUCUUCCAAUCCUUCCGCUGCCCCUUUCUCCGAGCACAGCAUGUCGGGAAUAUGGGCGGCGUACAACAAGGCUUUGGCAGCGCAGCCUCUGCUGGUGAAGGCCAUGACGUCCUUCACCGGGUUCACGGUCGGUGACAUCCUCGCGCAAAAGUUCAUCAGCCCGGAAGACGACUACGACUUCAUGCGAACGCUUCGGCUAGGCACCUUCGGUGCGCUGGUGCACGGGCCGACGGGGCACUACUUCUACGGGAUGCUUGACGCCAAGCUCCCCGGUACCAAGCCGAUGACGGUCGCCUCGAAGGUGGCCAUCGACCAGACUAUCUGGAACCCCAUCUUCGGUGUGAUGUUCUUCACCUACCUGGGGCUGGCGGAGGGCAAGUCGGUCGACGACAUCCAGAAGAAGAUCAAGAACGACCUGGCCACCGCGGUCAUGGGGUCCUGGACGGUGUGGAUCCCCGCGCACACCAUCAACUUUAAGUUCGUGCCCACGUCGCAGCGGUUGCUCUACAUCAACACCAUCCAGAUCGGGUACAACAUCUUCUUGUCUUUCUUGGGCAACAAGAAGGCGGAUGAUGACAGCGUCAAGUCGGCACUUGUGCCGGCCGACGCGGGCAACAUCGAGCGCUUUGCUGAGGAUGCCAAGGAGGACUAGGCUCUCUGGACGUUCACACACGUUCCAACAAGCCUGGACCGUGCGCGAACCGGGAUACAGUUGAAUCGAAACGCUGAGAACCGUCCCGGGAGCGGAUGUGGGGGCAGGGUGGGUUUGGCGGAAAUGCCAGACCUUAUACCGUUUUUUUCUUGUUUUCCCUGACUGUUUCGCCGCUGUUUCGACGAUUUAAGGGUGGGAUGCUUCCUUUUUUGGUGCGUGGGGGGAAUGGUUUGGGAAGGAGCUCUGUUUCCCUUCAGUGGUUCUUUUGGGGCAGCUCUCCCUCCCGCAACACGCUUGCCGCGGGCCCGUGUCAAAGGGUUUUAUUGUUAUUUUUGUAACGUUUCAUGAGUCAAGAGUGUUAUCUGUUGUGAAUCAUGCCCCUUUCUUGUUGCGGAGAACCGAGUGUUUCUUGAAGCGAGAAGAGGUGAGUAUUAACCGAGGAAAAAGUGACAGCUGACAGACAAGUCAGGCAACGCCACUUUUGUCGCGAUCAGAACGGCGCAACAUUUCCCGCCCGUACCACCCCAACUUCCCUUCGUACCGUGCGCACGUCACCAAGAACCCUCACACGCGUGGUUUGAAGCGCAGUGUCAAAAGUGCUGCUGCGCGAAAGACUGAUGAGCGAGAUAUGUACGUGCGAGAAAUGUGAUGGGCGAACAGCUCUUAUAUAUUGGUUUUGUUGCAGAGGAACGAUCAACUCUAUCCCCACGAGAUAAGCGCAGAGUAUCGAAGGUGCUGCUGCGCGAAAGACUGAUGAGCGAGAUAUGUACCUGCGAGAAAUGUGAUGGGCGAACAGCUCUUAAAUAUUGGUUUUGUUGCAGAGGAACGAUCAACUCUAUCCCCACGAGAUAGUGGUCACUUU